AUGCUCUGUAUCCGCUGCAGGGCCUUGCCCUCCGCUCUGAGGACCUUCUCCACGUCCACCCUCUCCCGUUCCUCCUCGCAAAUCUCCUCGCCUCUCCGCUCCCUCUCAACCCCCCUCUCAGCCUUCCGCACCCAAACACCGAGCCUUGCCUCCAUCCGUCCCGCGCUCCCCUCCCUCAACGCCACGACUCCGCUAACCUCCGCUCUCCAAUCUCGCUCGUUCUCCGCGAGUGCCUCCCUCGGCGUCAAGCGCGACACCUACAACCCGUCACGACGGGUGCAGAAGCGCCGUCACGGCUUCCUGGCGCGGCUGCGGUCGCGCGGAGGUCGGAAGAUCAUUAUGCGUCGGAGGGCUAAGGGGAGGAAGAAUAUGAGUUGGUAG